AUGUCGACCGUUGGAAAGACAAUCCGAUGUAAGGCAGCGGUGGCUUGGGGACCUGCUCAACCUCUAAGCAUCGAAGAAAUUGAAGUAGCACCUCCUAAGAAGGGAGAAGUUAGAAUUAAGAUUUUAGCAACUGGAGUCUGUCACACAGAUGCCUUUACGCUAUCAGGCAAAGAUCCUGAGGGAGUAUUUCCUAUAAUUUUAGGACAUGAAGGAGGUGGCAUCGUUGAAUCAAUCGGAGAAGAAGUUACGACGGUUCAACCAGGAGAUCACGUGAUACCAUUGUAUAUUCCCGAAUGCCGUACAUGUAAAUUUUGUAAAAGUGGAAAAACCAAUCUUUGUUCGAUAGUGAGAGCUACCCAGGGGCGUGGAUUGUUGCCGGACGAAACGACGCGAUUCACAUGCAAAGUAUUGUUGGAAAUAUCCGUUGCCAAGAUCAAUCCUCAUGCACCAUUUGAUAAAGCUUGUUUACUUGGUUGCGGCAUCACAACUGGAUUUGGUGCCGCUAUAAAGACAGCAGAUGUUCAACCCAACUCCACAGUCGCGGUAUUUGGUUGUGGUGGCGUUGGAUUAUCAGUAAUUCAAGGAGCCGUUGCACGUAAUGCCAGCAAAAUUAUCGCCGUUGAUCUUAACCCAAAGAAAUUCGAAUACGCCAAGAAAUUGGGCGCCACUGAUUUUGUCAAUCCUGCAGACUUUGAAAAACCUAUCCAAGAGGUAUUGAUAGAAAUGACAGAUGGAGGCCUUGAUUAUACUUUCGAUUGUACUGGUAAUACAAGUGUUAUGCGUGCGGCAUUAGAGGCAUGUCAUAAAGGAUGGGGUCAAUCUAUUAUCAUCGGUGUAGCUGGUGCAGGAGAGGAAAUAUCUACACGACCACUUCAACUUGUAACUGGUCGCGUUUGGAAAGGGUCGGCUUUCGGCGGUAUUAAAGGAAGAAGCGAAUUACCUGGAAUUGUUGAUGAUUAUUUAAAUAAAAAAUUAGAAGUUGAUUUGUAUAUUACUCAUAAAUUUAAACUUGAAGAAAUCAAUAAGGCCUUUGAAUUGAUGCAUGAUGGAGAUUGGUAA